GUUUCGCUCAAGGAUCGUUAGGGCAGGGUCGAUGACAGAAAUCGCCUUUGGCAGUCCCCUCUCGGUGAUCCGUCGUCGGCUUCUGGUCACCCAUAGCAGCCUGAAGAGUGUGGAGGACGACUGUGACACCCGGCUGUCACGUUAGGUGGCAGGGACGGGCGCUCUGGAGCCGUCGACGCCUCAAGGUGGUGAAAUGGGUGACGGCGAGAGCGGUGGGGGCUCAGCAGACGACGACCCCUCCGCCGUAUGUCACUUCGAGCGCCUGGGGCAGCCGGCCGAUUGCCUGUGCUUGGUCUUCCUCACUGCAAGGUGCGCGCGAUAUUGACGAAUAACAACUCCACACACAAAGGAAAGGCCCCAAUAUGGGUGUAAUUGCGUGUGUGUGCGUGUGUGUGUAUGAGUGUGUUCAGGGAGUUGGGUCGGAUGUGCCGGACGUCACGCGCCUUCUGCCAUGGGAUAGUCCCCGGUGCGUCGGAGCUCAUCAUCAGCCUCAAGUACGGCUACGCAGCGGCCGACCUUCCCUCCCCUGAGGCACUCCGCACCACUCGGGCCGCGACCACGAUCCUCCCCCUCUCAUUUGCGUUUCCCUGCCCAUCGCCCUCUCGCCAGUCGCUGCUGACACUGCUGCCGGCGUCGUUGCGUGGGGCUGGAGGUGGUUCGGUGUGUGUGGAUGGCACCAGCAGCACCAGCAGCAGCAGCGGCAACGGGAAUAGCAAUAGCACUGGUCGGCCGGCUGUGGCUGAGGCGGCGGUAUCUUUGUGUCGGCUGAGAUUUUUGGAGUACUGCCACACAAGGCAGCCCACACUGCAGGGUCAGUCAGUGACAGUGACUUUUAGCUUAGCUAGCUGAGCUGGUGUGAUUGAGUGGCAACGGUCCGUUCCGUGUGCCGUUGAUUGUAUGUCCGUGUGUGUGUGUGUGUCUGUGUGUGCAGGGGGGUUGAACUAUUCGGUGUUGGUUGACGGCAGCCGAGGUCGUGUGCUGAGUUUCGGCGACGGUGCGUGCGGCAAGCUGGGGCUGGGCGACAGAGUCGACCGCACAAGACCCACACACAUCGGUAUGUGCACACACACGUAGCCAACCGACCAACCAACCAAGGGCAGCAUUGUCAACGAGUGUCAUGACGCUCUCUCUCUCUCUCUCUCUGUCUUUCCGCUUGUCCAGAGAGGUUUGGUUCUCGUACUGAUGGUGGUGCCGGUGACGGUAGUGUUGGUGUCGGUGUCGUCGACGAGUGUGUGGGCAUCAGCUGCGGCGACUUCAACACGGCAGCCCUCACAAAGGACGGACGGCUGUUCACCUGGGGAUACGACUGCACAGAGAAAAGUACACACACACACACACACAGAGGCACACCAAAGACAAAACCGACCAUGCCAUCUGUGACAGCAGAUCGUGCAAGCGGCCCCUUGUACGCCGACCACCUUGCCCCAGUGCCUGUAUCGCUCCCCCGCCCCCAGCCUGGCAUGAUGACCACCGCCACCAUUACCCAGGUGGCGUGUGGCGGCGGGCACACCCUCAUGGUGUCGGCCGACGGGCGGGCCUGGAGUUUCGGGUGCGGCGUGGACGGACAGCUGGGGCUCAACGAGCGGGCCGACAAGCUCACACCACAGCUCGUACACGUACCCGCUGCUGCAGAUGCCGCUGCUGCUGCCGCCGGUGAUGAGAGUGGCGAAGUGCAGCAGGGGAAUGGGCGGCAGAGAGUGGUGCAGGUGAGUGACUGAGUGAGUGAAUGGGGCAGAGAGCGCAACACAGAGACGGGCGGAUGUGUCGGUGUGUCAUGCAUGUGUGUGGUGUGUGUCGUGUGUGCAUGUUUUUGUGUGUGGGUGACAGGUUGCGGCCGGUCGUCGGCACAGUUUGCUGCUGACGCUGGUUGGUGAGGUGUACAGCUUCGGCGAGGGGUCGCACGGCCGACUCGGACUGGGACACAGGCGAGACGCACUCAUUCCCACGCGCAUUCGACACAUACGCGGUGCGCACUCACUCCCAAGCCCGGCCAGACACACGAACACCCAUUCAAUGUGUGUGAUGUGUGUCUGCUGCAUCAGACACCAGUGGCACCUCGACCCCCAGCAGUGCGUCAGCGUCGAGUGUGCCGACGUCGGCCCUGUCGCCCUUUGUGUCCAUCGCAGCCGGCGGUUUCCACAGCGCCUUCAUCGACUACGAGGGCCACAUGUACACAUGCGGCAGGGGCAACUAUGGCUGCCUCGGACACGGAGGCGCCGAAGAGGUCAGUCCAGUCAGUGACCAACCCCCCAUACACACAACACACGUGUCCUCCUUGUGUGUGUGUGUGUCAGGAUGAGCUGUGUCCGCGGCAUGUGGUCUCCCUGCGGCACACCCCCAUUGCCACAGCGGCCCUGGGCGCCCACCACACGUUGGCCCUCACACGUGCCCGGCAGGUCUUUGCGUGGGGUCAGGGCGGCUUCGGGCGGCUGGGGCUCGGCGAGGGCGCCACCGACACUGUGCUGCCGCAAUUGAUUCGGGCGCUGCGGGGAACGGUACAUAUACCGUGGGAAGUGCGUGUGUGGGCGCCAUCACGAUUGUGUGUUGUGUUGGGUGCAGCGUGUGGUUGAGAUAGCCGCUGGGGACUAUCACUCCCUGGCCAAGACGGAGCAAGGCCGGGUGAGCAAGCGAGAUGUUAUGACACUUAACACACAGAUAGGCGCCUUGUGUUGCUUCAUCUCAUCUGGUAUGGUAUGGUGUGGGUCGUGUGUCAGGUGUACACGUGGGGUAGGGGCUCUGAGGGCGAGCUCGGCCACAACGACGCCAACAACGAAGACCAGUAUACACCCAGGUACACACAAACAACACAACACAACACAGCCGCAAAACCGCACAUGCCAUUCAUUCCCUCUCAUUCAUUCACAAUAAUCAUCCUCAGGCUCCUGCGUCUGUCCGCCCCCGCCCCCUCCCAGCACCACCCCCGCUCCCGACGCAAAUCGUCAUCGGCCACCACCACCAGCGAGCCAUCCAGCAACAGCAAGCAGGCCCCCGUCUCCCCACCCACCCCCCUCUACCCCCUCAUCUCUCCCAACGGCGAGCCCUCCACAGCCAUGCGGCUGCCGCAGUCGCCCUCACUGAUAAUGGGCUCGCCGCUGACGUGUAAGAAGCGCAUGCCCAGAGACCCUCAGAGCAGCGACCACGAUGGCGCAUCCGAGGGCCCAUCCCGUCCCUUCUUCUCGCCGCCAUGGAAGCGGCCAGAGAGGGAGGCGGUGCCGCCACCGGCCUCGCCAUUGCCGGCGCUGCAGCAGGAAGCGCCAGACUCCCCGGGUGUGGGUGUGGGUGGGGAUGAGGGCGGGCAGCCGUGGAAGCUGCCCCCGCACCCCCACGCUGCUGCUGGCGCCUCUGGGUCGUCUUAUUUUGGUAUCAGUAGUCUCUUUGCGGGGGUGCUGGGGCGGGGGUUUGGGAAGAGAGAGAGUGAGGGUGACAGUGGUGCCAGGGAGGGAGAGGUGGGGAGGGACGUUGUCCUUGUAGAGGGGAACGGUAUCGGUGAGAGGGCAGGGGACGAUGGUGACGGUGAGGGUGACCUUGAUCGCAGCCCGCGAGUGUGUCUGUGUCACCACUAGCUCGUUGUUGCCGGACAGACGGACAGACGGACAGACGGACGGGCG